CCAGUGGACGAUCUUCUCAAACAUAGACGAGCUUUGUCUCCAACGUUUUGACGUGGCACACAGGACUCUCAUGGAAGUUUCCGAGCCCAAAACGUGUCUAGUUUGAAACAGGCGACAUAUAUAACAUACACGUUACAUGUAGUGCUCUUCCGCAUCAUGUCAAGCUGCUCUAUAUCAGCAGGUCAACAUGCCGUGGACAACAUACAUCAGUGGCCUCGCCUUUAGCUCCGCCUUCGUUUUCUCAUGUUUCACGAAUAAGUUUGUCCUGUCUGUGUUAAAAUUCACAUAUCCAACCUUAUUUCAAGGAUGGCAGACAUUUAUCGGAGCUGUUCUUCUUCUGUUUUUUGGAAAGCUGGGAUGGGUGAAAUUGAACCAUAUCACCAAAUCAGCUGCUCUUUCCUGGCUCCCAGCCUCCCUGCUCUUUGUAGGAAAUAUAUAUGCUGGCUCCAGGGCCUUAUCACGCCUAGACAUUCCUUUUUUCUACACACUUCAAAAUUCCUCUCAUGUGGUGAGCUAUAUAAUCCUGAAGGUGGUCCAUAAGGAGAAGAUGCAGCGGCUGAAAUUUAUCAGCGUAUGCCUCAUGCUGCUUUCAGCCAUCAGCCUUCCUGUUUAUGAUCCUCAGUUGGACCACAGUGGUUACCUGUGGGCUAUUGGUCAUCUGCUCUGUAUCGGUGCUUACAGGGUGUCUCGAGUUCACUACAAGUCCAUUAAUUUAAGUGACCUUGAACAACAGUGCCUUAACUACCUGUGCAGUGUACUGCUUCUGGCCUUUGCUGCUCACCCAACAGGUGAUCUUCUGGGUGUCCUGGAGUUCCCCUUGCUUCAGUCUCACACAUUCCACUGUGGUUGCUGUGCCAGUGCACUGCUGCAGUUCUUGUUGCUGUUGGCCACUGUCAAACUAAAAAGUGGACUGUCCUUCGAGUACUUUGGCGUCUGGACGUUGUUAUCUAAGGUCACUACAAUGUCCCUCAGCCCGUUUAUUUUCAACAUGGUCACUAAUGCUCCCUCUCUUAUUUGUGUGGUUGUCAGUCAUGUUGGAGAGGCACUGCUCGUCUAUGCUGAAAGAGAAACUCAACUGUAAUUUAACACAACAGCUCUACAGAUGAAC